AUGAUGUAUUAUUCGUAUAAUAGCGAUUACGGUUCUGUUGGGCUUCCAACUGAUCACAAUUUGAAAAGGAUAUCUAAAAAUGCGUCAGCUAUCUCAGAAUUUAAAUAUGUACGGCCAGUGGCCAGAGUGAAGAAAGGGAAUAAAUGGAUCGUUGUGACAAGUAUAAGCUAUCCGACUGAAGAUGUCAAAAGACUCGCAUCUAUUGAAGACUGGAAUUUAGUAGUUGUUGCGGAUACCAAGACACCGGUUGAUUGGAAGUUGGAUGACGUUCAUUUUUUAUCCGUUUUAUAUCAGAAAACAUUACCAUUUUCGUUGUCUUAUUCACUUCCUUACAAGUCUUAUACAAGGAAAAACAUAGGAUAUUUGUAUGCGAUUGCUCAAGGAGCCGAGUGGAUUUACGAUACAGACGAUGACAAUAAACCUUAUGAUAAACGAGGACUGGACCAAUUUGAUUACGAUGAAAUCAUAUCGGGAGUACGGUUUCAAGUGAAAAAUUCCGAAGCUGGAGUACUGGAACGUCUGUUCAAUCCAUAUCGUUUCUACGGAAUAGAUCAGAUGUGGCCAAGAGGGUUUCCAUUAGAGCACAUAGAAAAACAUUCGAAUGGAAAAGAACAGCAGGCACUGUGCUAUAAAAUGAAGAGAUCAUCCGUACAGCAGGGAUUAGUUCAUCAUGAUCCAGAUGUUGAUGCUGUUUAUAGACUUCUGCAUGCAGAUUCAAAAAGUGGAUUAGAUAUUAAGCUUAACACAUUUACACCUCCCAUCACAUUAUCAGUUGGAACCUACUCUCCAUGGAAUUCCCAAAAUACUUUGUUUCAUAAAUCAGCAUUUCACACACUAUUUCUUCCGACAACUGUUUCUUUCAGAAAUGCCCAUGAUUAUUUGAAAGACUUCAAAGAUGAAAAACAAGUAUACGAAGAUUCGGGAAAAAUGAUUGAGUUUUUGAGCAAUUGGAAAUGUUCGAACGGAAAUAGUUUGGAAGGGUGCAUCAAUGACUUGUUGAAAGAUUUAGUCACGAAUAAUCUUUGGGGUAAAGAAGAUUUCAAACUGAUGUCAUUUUUCUUGAAUGAUCUGAAAUAUAUGGGAUUCGAGUUCCCCGAACUAAUCGGAGAAAACUAUCAAGAUCCAUAUACUGCAUCUAAUAAUGAAGAGGAUAGAAAUGUGAAUUGCAGACGAAUGAAUUUAGAGUUUGAUCUAGUGGAUCCGCGAGAAUAUCAACACCAGAAUGUAUAUAAAGCGGAACAAAAAUUGAACUACUUUGGAGAUUUGGUUGAAUGGUGUAAUGAAGCAGGAUAUCAGAAUUUAUCGAAACAAUUUCCAUCUGCCAAUCAACUUGCCAAGAAGCAUGACGAGUCGUAUGUUUUGCAAAAGGACAAAGAUAGUGUACUGAUUGUUGUGAACAACUAUCCAUGGAAGUACGGACAUGGAAUAAUUCAACGACUCUAUCAACCCUACUUUGCAUCUGUUGUAUUCUGUGGUCCCUGGUAUCCUGAUUUAAUAAUUGAGCAAGAUAAUUUCACUUCAACCAUCAAUCCAAUCAACUACAUCCACAUAAAUCCAGUUGAACUCAGAAGAGGAUACUAUGGAUAUCACUGUGUUUCUCUUGUUAAAGAAAUGAGAUUCAACAACGUGAGAGGAUACUUUGUAAUGUCUGAUGACGCCAUUUUCAAUCUUUGGCAACGAAUUGAUUAUUCGAGAGUUCAUCAUUUGGUUGGUGUCCAUCACGAAAAAGACCCUCUAUGGUGGUUUGUUGAUGACUACGGAAUUGUUGCAGCAAGAAAAAUUGUGGAAUCAAUAAAAACAAACACUGACCCAAAAGUUUCGGAGACAUGGAAGAGGUUUUCGGAUGGACUUAAAGCCAAUGGAUAUGUCAGAAAAGGAUGGUCUGUCAAUCAGGAAAUGACAUCGGGAAGUGGAAGAAGUCAAUCAGAUUUUUUCUAUCUUCCGAGUUCUGAAAUUGAUUAUUUUGCAAGUCUGAUGAGAAUAUUUUACCAACACAACUUUUUCUUGGAGUUAGCAAUUAACAAGUUCUUGAAAUCAGUUCGUCAUCAAACAUCGCUCAUUCGUUCUUCCAGUUAUAUCUGGCUUGAAGAACGUGAUCACUGGGCAGAAGUCUACGAUAAAAACAUGGUUGGUUUUCAUGCAGUAAAACUGAGCGAUUUCCAAAAACCGGGUGAAAAAAGAAAAAAGUAUUGUGAGGCAUUUCUUCAAAAUUGGUCCGAUAUCAUCUUCGGAGAAUCUCAAAAUUUCACGGUGAAGGCGGAUGACGAUGCGGAUUACAGAAAUGGUUAA